AUGACCUUCCCGUCUCCUCACCACUCCGCCCAAUCGUCGAUUGCUUCUGGCACCGAUAAAUCUUCCUCCGCCAGGCCUGAGAUUGGUGCCUGGGGUCGGUCUACAUCACAAUCCGGCAUUCGUCGUGGGUUGACUCCUCUCGCGACCAACCUUCCCUCCACCGGUCCAUUUGCACCUUCCCGGGGCUUGGACGCAGGUCCUGGGGUCUCAACACCAUCUUCUUUCUCUGCAAUUCUGAGCUCCACCAGGGGUAUUUCAGGGGGCAGCCCCAAGCCCUCGCCAUUUGCGUCACUUCUUGCUAGCUCGCAGCAAUCCCAGUCACUCUCCUCCCCCAAAUUCCGAUCUCAUACUCCAUCCGCAGGGUCUCACUUCGCCUCUGCAACAAGUUCUAUUCAGGGUGGUGGAGGUACCAGUGGAGGCGGUGGGCCGGGAUCUUCAAGAGGUGUCGCAUUUUCACCACUGUCGUCCGGCACAACUGUGAAUUCUCCUACAGGGUUUGCUUCUGACAAACCAGGCUCAUCAACUGCUAUUUCUAGUCAAUCUUCCCUCGCCAAGAUCUCGAUAGCACAGGUCUUCUUACUUCUAGAUUCUAUCACAGAGAAAGAGGGGAAAGAAAAGUGGGAGACAAAAGCUGCUCAGAUACACAAACUUGUAACGUCUAACGGCAUGGAGGUCUUUUCAAAAUACUUUCGCCGCCUUCUCACGGGCAACGCGUCACAGAUUUUCCCCGGAAUCAACAAGCCCGUCGAAAAUGCAGGAAACUACCCACUUCUAGUCCAGGAGAUUCAGAAAGUCUCGUCGGAUAUUGACCAAGCCCAGAAGAUUGCAGAGACGGUAGAUACAUCUGAAGGAGACAUAUUCCGCGAUUUCGAUCUCUCUACCUUCCUUGAUCAUUUCCGACUUGACCCAAUUGUCAAGGUCUCACUUGCUAUGGCUUUCAAACUGACAAACAAAGCAGAUCUCCGCGCUAAAGCCGAUGCGAUCAUCUCCAGCUCCCUCUCAGCUUUCCUACAAAGCUUGGCAAAUAUUACGGAAUCAAACAAGGACCUUCCAACUGUUUUUCUCGCCCUCACAAUCGAAAGAUUGAUCCUUUUCCCCCCACGCAAUUUCACCGAUGAGGCCAAGGCCAAGUUAGUCUACGCAUCGAGUCUGCGAUACUCGAAGUUAGGGUUGGAUACUCCAGUUGAGAUCUCUUCGGCUCUGCAGAUGUUCAAUUUUCUUAACCCUCAAUUUACUCUUGUGCGACAGCUGCACUCAAAAGGACCGCGGGCAACAGCGAACACAGAUACCGUUACCGAAGUGGUCAACGCUGCUGGCCCGGAGUGUUGGAACGAGCAGCAUCUUGCCAGUGCUCUUAUCUUCAUGAUAUACUCGCAAUACCUCCCACAGUUCUCAUUGGAGACCUUCCUGAGUGUGUAUGUUGAGAAGCAACCCAACUGGUCCGUGGUUCUUCGACUAUUCGACCGCGACGGACUGAGAGUCGACGCAAAACAGUUCGAAAAACUGUAUCAUGCACUUCUUGCCACUGCUGCCAAAGAUCCUUCUUUGGAUGUCCAGAAGAUUUGGGGAGGAGAUUGGGAGCACCGUGAAACUCAGAUUUCAUUUGUGACCGCCUAUGUCUCUGCCCAAACAGAUCCAACUCAAAUUCCUAACCUUCGUGCAUCUUUCACUACCGACCUUUUUGAAGGCGCCCCGGCAUCUGUUAAAGUUCACGUUGAUCGUGCAAAUCGGUCACCGCUCCGAUCUUUGGAUGCUAUAAGAGCAAUCUUCGAACUGGCACUCUUUUCCCAUGCCUCUUGGGCUUCACCGGAAAGCCAAGCUAUGAUCAAAGCAGUGGUCCAAGAAGACCUGCCCACAUUCCUGAUUUCGUCCCUUGCUAUCCCACAGCCAUGGACCGAUAUUCAAAUAAACUUCCUGCGCCGGACGUUGGUUAUGUUCCUUGAACAAUCAGAGGAAGGAAAUCAAAUUGCGCUGUGGGGAGCAUGGCAACAGCAACCGCAGUGGACUGUAGAGGCGAUGGAUGCUGCCCUCGAUAAGCAACCCUUGUUCACCCCAAGGAUCUAUGAACAAGCCUGUGUUUUCGGUUGGAUGGACGAUCUGCUCUCUAUCACCAACCCGCUCUCACUCGAGCUUGCCUGUUACUCCUUUAUGAGGGGUCCAUUUGAUCUUGAGCAGUGGAUUCGGGAAGCUGCUCAGAGGGGUCCCUUGGACAUAUCCAAAUAUUUGAAAUACAAAGCAGAGGACGAGCUCCACGUACAGCGAAAGGAGCAUCCUGCCCCUCAGCGAAUCACUCUCACUAUUAAAGUUGUUUACAUUCUUUUGACCGCUCUGGAGGAAUUGUUGGGUGAUCGUGAAAAUCUUACACCCCUUCAGCGCAUCUGCAUUCAGACUUACCCUCGUUUGAUCAACUACGGUGACAAAUUUGAUGAUAUCAUCGAUGCCAACGGUCAUAAUGGCAACGCCUUACCCGAUGCAGUUGACAAGCAGAUGCAGGAGCUUUUCGGCAAGAUGUAUCACGAAGAACUGUCGCUCAGAGAAAUGUUGGAGUUGAUGCGGCAGUACAAGUCAUCCCAAAACCCCGAAGAACAGGACCUUUUUGCGUGUAUGGUGCAUGGCCUCAUUGACGAAUAUCACUGCUACCAUGAGUACCCACUUGAAGCUUUAACGAAAACCGCCGUUAUGUUCGGUGGCAUUAUUAACUUUGGCCUGGUAGACGGCAUCACACUCAAGGUCGGCCUGGGAAUGAUCCUGGAAGCUGUCAGAGAUCACGAUGUCCACGAUCCAAUGUUCAAAUUUGGCGUGGAAGCUAUCGAGCAGCUUAUCAACCGCCUUUCUGAGUGGGCUGGCUUCUGCCAUCUACUUCUUCAGAUUCCAAACCUCCAGGGUACACCCAUUUCGCAGAAAGCAGAGGAAGUUUUACAAGAACAAGGAAACCCAGUUGGUGACAAGGGAGCUGAAAAUUUCGAAAUUCCCUCGCCGAAGAUUUCCAAUGGUAACUCCGGCAACGUUGAAGAUUUGACAGCCGACGGCACGUCACCUUCACGAAAAUUCCGCUCUGUACAUGCGGAUCCCCCCACUCGGACGGAUCUUUACCAGGAUCCAGAUGAGGACAGCCAGGAUAAGAUUCUAUUCGUGCUCAACAACGUCUCGGAGCAGAAUCUUGAUGAGAAACUGGCGGACUUGCGUGAGGUUCUUCGUGACAAACACCAUCAAUGGUUUGCAGCCUACUUAGUUGAAGAGCGUGCAAAGCUGCAACCCAACUUCCAGCAGCUGUAUCUCGAUCUUCUUGGUCGGAUCGAUGAUAAGAUCCUUUGGGAUGAGGUCCUGAGAGAGACAUACGUCAGUAUUGCCAAGAUCUUAAACUCCGAAGCUACUUUGAGCUCGUCCACCGAUCGAGGCCACCUCAAGAAUCUGGGCUCCUGGCUUGGCUCGUUGACAAUUGCCAAGGACAAGCCUAUCAAGCACAAAAACAUUUAUUUCAAGGGCUUGCUCUUGGAAGGUCAUCGUACGUCUCGGCUGACGGUUGCAAUUCCAUUUACGUGCAAAGUUCUUGUUCAAGCUACAUCGUCGACGGUGUUCAAAUCCCCUAACCCUUGGCUUAUGGAUGUCCUGAGUCUUUUGCUGGAGCUUUAUCAUUUCGCUGAGUUGAAGCUCAAUCUUAAGUUUGAGAUCGAAGUGCUCUGCAAAGACCUUGAUCUUGAUCACAAGACGAUUGAACCUGCCUUUAUCAUUCGUGACCUCUCUGCCUCUGCUACUGGCGAACAAAAUGUUUCGGCAGCCAACAUUCCAGAGGGCCUAGAUGCCUUUGAAGACAUGACACUUACCUCAAUUACUCAGGGUAUCCGCAAUGAGCGAUUGUCGCCAUCUGCUAUCAUUUCAAGCCUGCCUAGUCUCGACAAGAUUCUCGUUUUGCCUCCUUCUGCAAGCGGCAUGGUGGAUGCCAACAUUCUGCGACAGAUUAUCCUGGCCUCUAUGGAGCGUGCAAUUGCCGAAAUCAUCACACCGGUUGUGGAGCGCUCUGUUACCAUUGCCUCCAUCUCCACUGUCCAGCUGGUUACAAAGGACUUUGGCAUGGAGCCUGAUGAGGAGAAGGUGCGACAUGCUGCUGGCAUCAUGGCCAGACAACUUGCUGGUAGCCUCGCUUUAGUCACUUGCAAGGAGCCACUCAAGGUCAGCAUGACCAACUACAUCCGGAUGAUUCAGCAAGAGUUCUCCGAGUCACCUAUUCCAGAGGGCUUGAUUAUCAUGUGUGUCAAUGACAAUUUGGAUGGCGCUUGCGGCAUAGUUGAGAAGGCCGCUGAGGAUAAGUCUCUGCCAGAAAUUGAAAAGAUGAUUGAGCCACAGCUGGAGGCACGCCGUCGUCACCUCGCUACUCGACCCAAUGAGCCUUUCGUUGACCCAACAAUGAACCGAUGGGGCCUGUUCAUCCCCGAUCCUUACCGUCAAACCACUGGCGGUCUGAACGAAAAACAGCUGGCCAUAUACGAUGAGUUCGCCCGCCAGUUGCGAGGUCCUGGAGCUGUUCUCCCUCAGAAUGUUCCGACUGAUUCUGGCCGUCAGCUUCCAGAUGUUCUCCAAGAGUCGUACCCGACGAUUCCGAACCUCUCGACUCCUGCUGAGCAGCCUGCCGUGCCUCAUAGAACACCUCAGGCACAACACGCAGCAUCACAAAUGGGUAUCCAGACUAACGGCUUCAUUGACUCUCAAAACCCUCGUGAGCGAGUUGAGUCUAUCAUCUCCGACCUGCAGCAAUCCGCUCGCAGUUCCAGUGAGGAGCAUAUGCAGGACCUUCCCAGAGACAGCCCUGUUCUUCAGGAGUACAACCAGGCUUUGCGCAUCAUCUUGACCUCUCCCAACGGCGAGGAGAUGGCACGGCUGACCUCGUUGAAAGUCUGCACUACUCUUUACUCUCAGUUUCCUCAACCCUUGGAACUCGAGGUUUUAGUUUAUCUUCUGGCAAAGAUCUGUGAAAUGUCUACGCUGAUCGCUCGGUACACUUGGGCGCUUCUUGCGGAGAUUGAUGACGAGCAUAUGUUCAACGUGCCUGUUACCGUAGCUCUCAUCAACACUGGCCUUCUCGACAUUCGUCGGGUCGACAUGGUUUUGACUCGUCUCAUCCUGCAGAAGAAUGUCAGCGCCCUUGAAUUGCUUGACAAGUUAAUGGACCGGGUUCUAUUCAGUGACGAACCCUCGGCUCUCCGAUCUGACUUUUCUGGCAGCCUUGAAGCAAUGAGCCAGUGGCUUACAGAAGAUGGAAAUCUAGCUCCGGCUCUGGAGAUUAUUCGCAAGCUGCGCGAUUGCGGUAUCCCCGAAGUUAUAAACACACUUCUCACCGACCAGUCCCGAUCUAAGCGAGACCAGAUGGAGUACAUCUUCUCAGAAUGGCUUGGUGUUUACAAAGCUUCCGGUGCUACUGACCGUACAUAUCAUUCCUUCCUCCAGGAUAUGCACAACCGUCAGGUUAUGAACACCGUUGAAGACUCUGCUCUGUUCUUCCGUCUCAGUAUCGACGUGUCCGUCACCAUGUACGAGCACGAGUACCAGAACCCCAACGGAAGCCUAGACGAAGCCUUCAUCCACACUGACGCACUCGCGAAACUUAUCAUUCUCUUGGUCAAAUUCCAGGGUGAGAACACGGGCGCUGUGAAGACCCAGAAACCUGCAUAUUUCAGCUCCAUCCUCUCUUCCUUGGUCCUGGUCCUUAACCACCACCAGGUUAUGCGGGGAGAAGGUUUCAACCAACGAGUCUUCUUCCGUCUGUUCUCUAGCCUCCUUUGCGAGUACACCCUAGCUGGUCUCCAGAACCAUCCCGAGCACAAGGGUAUGAUCUUUGCAGUGGCAGACAAGAUCUUGUCAUUGCAGCCUCGUUUCGUGCCCGCUUUUGUCUAUGGAUGGUUCGCUUUGGUCUCCCACCGCGUGUUCAUGUCUAGCAUGCUCAACAUGCCAGAGCGUGCCGGUUGGGCGCCCUACUGUGAGAUUAUGCAAGCCUUGCUUUCCUACAUUGGCGAGCAGCUCAAGGCGGCUAACAUCUCGUAUGUCGCCAAGGAUUUGUACAAGGGCGUUCUUCGCAUCUUGCUGAUUCUGCACCAUGACUUCCCGGAGUUUGUUGCUGAGAACCAUUUCCAAUUUUGCAAUGUGAUCCCGGCUCACUGCGCCCAACUUCGAAACCUAGUUCUCAGUGCCUACCCAUCCUCCUUCCAAAAGCUCCCGGAUCCUUUCCGUGAGGGCCUCAAGGUCGAGCGUAUUGAAGAGAUGCGGGAAAUCCCCAAGAUUGCCGGCGAUAUUGUUGCGCCUCUCGAGCAGCACCGCAUAAAGGAAAUCGUCGAUGCUGCCAUUCAGAGUGAUGAUGUCUCCGAUGCCAUGGUUCAGCGGAUCUGUGAGGCUGUUACCUAUCCCGACGGGGCUAGGGAGACCGCACUUUUCUACGCACCAAUUAAUGUGAACGUCGUUCUUUUGAAUGCGCUGGUAUUGUAUAUUGGCCAGCAAGCAGUGGUGGAGCAUGCGUCAAAGAGCAACACUCGCAGUGUCUUUGAGAACUCGACCCAAGCCAUUCUUCUAGAUAAGAUUGCACAGACUAUGCAGCCCGAAGCUCGGUACUAUCUUCUGAGCGCAAUGGCGAACCAGUUGCGCUACCCUAAUAGCCACACCUACUUCUUUAGUUUCACCAUCUUGCGAUUGUUCGGUGUGGAUUAUUCGGAACUUGAUGAUUCUGACAUUCGCCAACAAAUCAUUCGUGUUCUGCUUGAGCGACUCAUCGUCCACCGACCCCACCCAUGGGGCCUCAUCAUCACGCUGCAAGAGCUUCUCCAGAACCGCAGCUACUCUUUCUUCCGUCUUCCCUUCAUCCAGGCGGCUCCCGAGAUCGGUCGCCUGUUUGACGCUCUCCUCCAGCACAUCCAACAGCAAAGCCCUCGACCAAUUUCAUAG